UAUUAGUUCAUCUUAGGCCUCGAGUUGACUUCCUAUGACAUUCUACGGUUAGGGCUAAGGCCUGCCUAAGGAUAAAGCGCAAGUAACUAAACGAAGGGCGCAUGUGAACUGAAUUUGUGGACCUGCUUAUUGCGUUGGAGGCGUACGAUCCUGGCCUCUUUCAGACUGGGAACAUUCUCUUACCCAAUUUCUAUCGCAAAAGAUGGGUUCGUUUUUUCCGGAUGGCCUUUGCCGACUGUGCGGCGCUGUCGAGGAAGAGACAGUGGGGAUCUUUGACAAGGACCAAGGUGCAAAGCGGACUUCUCCAUUCUUCCUCAUUAAGAAGUGUCUCCCCAUUUUGGUGAGAGAGGAUGAUGUUCUACCCAAACGCAUGUGCUGUCCAUGCCUGAAACGCCUGGAAGAUCUGUGGGAUUUUGUUUAUCUUGUCCUAUCCACACAGGCAAAACUCACUAACUCUGUGAAGCAGAGGCCCACAUCUUCAGCUUUGAGUCAUGCCACUGAAGAGGGGAAGGACAAGGUGGAGGAUAAAGAGAGUGAGGAAGCUGAGAAGGAUACUGAUGGUGACAUGGAUGCUAUGCAUUGCCCACCCCUCGUGAUGGUGGAGGUGACUGAAGGUGAUCCCCUGGAUGAUGGCUCUGAGGACUCCAAACUUGAUUCUAGCCCAAAGUCUGAAGCUGAGGAGGAGGGUGAAAGUGAUACAAAGGGCCCACUUCCAGCUGCAGGGACAAAGUCAGCGCACGUGCGUAAGAGCCGGGCACCAAAGAAGUCCCUGAACUAUGUGAACACACUCGAGAGCCAGUCUGAUGCAGAUCAUGCUGAGGAGAAGGAACAUUUGGUUCCUGAAAAGAAGAAGCGUGGCCCUGGUCGGCCUCUCAUCUGUCAUCAGUGUGGCUCAUCAUUCCCUAAGUUUGCAGUCCUGGUGCAGCACUGUGAUGAGCAGCAUGAGUCUGUUAUGCAGCUGAGCUGUGAAGCAUGUCCCCAAGUGUUCAAUUCACUACGGGAUCUCCAAACGCAUCGCAGGGUUCACCAGACAAGCAGGCUUGAAGUUUGCCUUGUCUGUGGCAAGAUGGUCAACAGCAGGUAUAUGAAACGUCACAUGCUGGUCCACACAGAAGAGCGACCCUUUGCCUGUGAUCAGUGCUCGAAUGCGUUCCGAUCUUCAUCAGAGCUACAGAUCCAUCGCCGGACGCACCUUCCAGGCCAGCUGCGAUACACUUACAUGUGUGAAGUGUGCGGGCGCCAGUUCACACAAAAGGGUAACCUGGACUCACACCGGCGCAUCCACACAGGAGAGAGGCCAUUCAAAUGUGAUUUCUGCCCCAAGGCCUUCUCCCAGAAGGGGAACUUGGAUGAGCAUCGGCGUAUUCACACCAAUGAGAAGCCAUACUGCUGCGAGGUGUGUGGAGCAAGGUUCCUACGUCAAGGCCAGAUUCGAAUUCACCUCCGCUCCCACACAGGUCAGCGUCCCUACCCCUGCACCAUCUGCCCGAAGCGCUUCAAGCGGCUGCAGACACUGCGUAAACACCAGCGCAUGCAUCUUGACCUUCGACCGUAUCCAUGUGACAUCUGUGAGAAACGCUUCAGGGAUCGGGACAAGCUGGUUGUGCACCGACGCAUACACACAGGAGAGAGGCCCUACUCCUGUGGAGUGUGUGGUCGGGGAUUCUAUGAAUCAGGGAACUUGAUCAAGCACAAGCGUGUUCAUGAGAAGGACAACACCAUCAACUCAUCUCUUAUUCAGCAGCAGCAUCUGUUUGGGCCACAGCAGGAGCAGGGCUGUGGAUCAGUAGAGAAAAGUGGAAGGAAUGUUGUCCUGCCCCUCCUACCCAUUCCUGCAUCUGUGACCAAUCAGUCACAUGUUUCCAUGACAUCAUUGCUGCCAAAACAGGAGCACAGCUUGGGAUCCUUAGAGGGGAGCAGUGGACGUGCUGCACUACUGGCUCAGUCUACUAUGAGUGGCCAGUCUCAUGCCAUAGCCUCUGGUCGCCACCACACAUCUUCAUUGCGUAUGCAGCAGGAGCAUGAUUUGGUGUCAUCAGAGAAGAGCGGGGCUGCCCUGCCCCUGUUGCCCAUUCCACCACAUGCAUCUGACCAUUCACAUGCAGCUGUAGCCUCUGCUCGGAUCCAUGCUUCGUCCACCACUACUCCAUCCACCUCCCAGCAUUCUCAUAGCCAUAGCAUGAUCCCGAUGGCCCUGAGCAUGGGGCUCUGGCCUCCACUUUCAAUGCAUCAGGUUCCUCCUUAGCUGCUUGUGAAAUUCAUGUCCACACCCCAUCAAAUACAUCUCUCUACAUUCACAAAUGCAUCAUGCCAGAUAUCAUACAUAUUUGUUAUGUCUGUUGGAAAAUUAUUCCCAGUGAUGUACCCUGUUUGCAUGUCUGACAUUUGUACAAAUCAUCAACA